AACAGGAAGCGGUUCUUYUUUCAUUUCAGUGAGCUUUGCUCACUGACGGUCUGUUAUCAGUAGCCUCACCAUCCUCCCACAACACUACGGCUGAACCAGAAAGACACAAUGGUCCUGUAAUGCCAACGAGAGCAUCUCCUGGACGGCACUGAGACGGUGUAUGGAUCUAAUGAUGAUGAAAAAGAAGAAAUUUAAGUUCAGGGUGGAUUUUUACCUGGAUGAGCUGUCGUCUGUCCCCGUCGUUAACGGUGUCCUCUUUUGUAAAGUCAGGCUGCUGGACGGCGGCUUCUCCGAGGAGUCUUCGAGGGAACCGGUGCAGGCCAACUGUGUCCGGUGGAGGAAGCGCUUCUCCUUCCCUUGCAAAAUGAGCGCCAACGCAGGAACCGGUGUCCUGGAUCCCUGUGUGUGUCGUGUGUCUGUCAGAAAGGAGCUUAAAGGUGGAAAGGCGUAUGCAAAGCUUGGUUUUGCAGAUCUGAAUUUAGCAGAGUUUGCCGGCUCAGGAAAUACAACUCGGAGGUGUCUGCUGGAAGGCUACGAUACCAAAAACACUCGGCAAGAUAAUUCCAUUCUCAAGGUCAUUAUCUGUACACAGUUGAUGUCGGGGGACCCAUGUUUUAAAACACCUCCCUCCACAGCCAAUGUGAUCGGCAUCCCGGGUGAUGGAGAGAACCUCCUGGAGGAGAGGAAAGGAGGAGACUCACAGAAAGGCCACUCUGGAGAGAAUCGAGAAGGGAAAUGUCCCGUUGUGUCAGAUGAUCUUGGGGGUUGUGGCCACUCCCGAACUUCUAGCUACGCCAGCCAACAGUCCAAACUCUCAGGCUACAGCACCGGUCACUCCCGCUCAUCCAGCAUGUCAGAGUUCAGCCAUCGGAGAAACCACUCGGUGGGCAGCGCCUCAACAGGAAUCGGAAGUAUUCCAGAGCCCAGCGAGGAACGAGAGUCCAGACCCUGUCCAGCUCUGCCUGAACACCCAGCUCCAACAACCGCCACUAGCAACCCAUUAGGAACACAAGUGCUGAGCUCCUCAUCCUGCGAACGGCUGAACAGACACCCCAUGAAGCAGGACUCCAUGGAGUCGCAGCUGAAGCGAAUGGACGACACGAGGGUGGAUGCCGACGAUGUUGUGGAAAAGAUUUUACAGAGUCAGGACUUUACACCCAGCCUGCUGGACUCCAGCGCUGAAGAGGAGGGCUUGCGUCUCUUUGUUGGUCCUGGAGGAAGUACCGCCCUUGGAAGCCAUCACCUUCCCACCAGGGUCGGCGCUGGAGCGUACGAACAGGUGGUGAUGAAGCGUUAAGAGGAGGACGGCCAACUGGCAACGAUUCCACUUUAAAAAACGGAAACAAACUGUUUGAAUUCCCAAAUUCAUUCCCGCAGAGCACAUGGGAUUUGAGCUGCACYGGGGUAAAUCUGAUCCCUCAGGUUUUGUAUGAUAGUGCCCUCUUGUGUUUGAGUCUGCCACGUGCUGAUGCUUCAGGAUUUCCAGAAGCAGGAAGCGGUCGGAUCUAAAUUCUGUGUAAUUGAAUAAAGAUAUAAAUCUGGAAAUUA